AUUUGUGUCCACGGCUCCUAAAUCCCUCUUCUUCGUCUCCGUAGCGUCGGAAAAUCGUUCGGCGUUAGCGCCAUUUGAAACCCCUCGCUCCUCCCCCCCUCCCUAGUGGGGCGACACUCGCUCGCCACAAACGAGGGGUCGAAACCCUAGAGAAAGAAAAAAGGAGCUCGAUCUCCCUUUCCUUUCUCCGCGCCUCUUCCUCUUCUUCUUCUUCCUCUCUUUUACCUUUUGCUCUUUUUUUUUUUCCUCUUUUUUUAGGGUUUUUUUUCGCCUUUUUUUUUUCUUAUUUUUUCAUUAGGGUUUGGCUCUGAUUGGGGGCGGAGGACCGUUUGCACCGAGAUUUUCUACCAACGGUUUUUAAUUUUUAAUUUUAUUUUAAUUCUAAUGCCUGUUUUGUGUUCUGGAAUUAGGGUUUCUGGUCUAAAUCUGUGCUGAGCUCUCAAUCCCUCGGCUCCCAGCUGCUUCUCCAAGUCGAUAGGUUGGUGGGGCGAAGAUUGAUCUUUGCUGCAUUUAACCUAACCAGAAAGGAUGUCCUCGCCGUACCCUGUUCUCAACAACAGACCAAUCGACCAAUGGAAAGUUACCGAGUUAAAGGACGAGCUCAGGAGAAGGAAAUUGCCUAUAAAGGGUCUGAAGGACGAUUUGGUCAGACGGCUGGAUGAAGCUCUUCGCAAUGAGAUGGCAAUGACUGAACAAGAUGAUGAUGAAGAAGAAGGCGGUAAUGGUAUCGGUUCUGAUGAGGGUCUGCAGGAGAAUGGCGACGAGGAUGAAGCAAACCCAGUAGUGGAAGAACACAGCGAUGUUGUCGCGGAUACCGCUGUGGAAACCAGUGGUGAUCAGAAGACUAGUGUUGAAACUAUUGUUAGCGCCAUAGAUGUCAAUCAAAAUAUCGAAGAUCAAGUCGAGGAUGCAGCACCAGUUGAAGGAUCAAAUGCAGUGGAAUUCGAGGAUAAAGGGAUUAUUACAGGGUCGGAGGCAGCGAAUGUUGAAGCAGUGGGUUAUAGAGUUUCCAAGGAGGACAGUGUGCCAGGAAGUCAAAGUUUGACCCCCCAACAUGAGCCGACACUCCAGGGUUCGGUUUACGAUGAAGAGCACAAGGGUAAGUGCCGUGUUGAGGAUACAAAGCCAAGCGCAGCGGCAGCAGACAAUCAGGUAUCUGAGGUCACCGAAGAUUUAGGGCCCCAAGUAAAGUGUGAGUCAAUUUCUACUGAUUCUGUCUCAAUUAAUGAAACCAAUAAACUAAAGGAUAACUCGAAUGCUGAUAAUUUUGAUUUAGAAUUAGAAGUUAAGCCUGAGAGGGUGCAACCGUCAUCCAGUGAUCUAUGUGUGGGUGGCGAUGUGCACCCAUUGGAUGUUGACAAAGAGCUGGUUAAAAAAGAAGUUUCUUCCGAAGAGAUAGAUUACAAGGGCCUUUCUAAUGUGGACUCUAUCAAGAAGGAGGACAGUGCUGAUGUGGGUUCUCCGGAGAAAUUAAAUUUAGACAGGAGUUCAGGUGAUGAGUCGAUGGACGAAGAUGUGACAGAUAGUAAACCGAUAGAGUCGAGGCUUAUGUCUAAUGAAAAAGGAGGAACAAUUGAGAUCAGCGAGGGGCUUGCAUUGACAGAGGAGACAUUAGCUGAGGAUAUCAUUGUUAGGUCCUCCUCUGACGAGAAGGAUGCUGUUGUUGAAGAGGAAACUAAACCACCAGCACCUGUUGAAAAGAGAAAACUUGAAGAUAAGGAAGCCAUUGGGAACAAUGAGACUUUUAAGCGGCAGCGCAGGUGGAAUGCCGAAAAUGCUAAAGCCUUAGAACCACAAAAAUCUAAUCUCAGUGGUUCCUAUGUAUUAAAGGAUGUAGUUCAACCCACUUCUAAACAUACUCUCACCGUUCCUGACAAGACAAUUAGUGAAGACUCUCCAAAGGAACGCAUUGGUGAGCAUCUACCUCCCUCACAGAGGCCUGCCACAACUUCCUUGAGGAUUGAUAGAUUUGUGCGGCCCUUCACCUUGAAAGCAGUUCAAGAACUGCUCGCGAAAACUGGUUCUGUUUGUAGCUUCUGGAUGGAUCAUAUCAAGACUCACUGCUAUGUGACCUACUCAUCCGUGGAGGAAGCCGCUGCUACUAGAGAUGCUGUGUACAAUCUCCAGUGGCCCCCAAACAAUGGGAACCAUCUAAUAGCCGAGUUUGUCGACCCAAAUGAAGUAAAGUUGCGGGUUGAAGCCCCUCCACAAUCCCCAGCACCAGCAAGCCCUAGCCCUACUACGCCAAAACCCCCACUCUUUCAACAGCCGGAGACCAGCCAAUCGUUAUCUCGCCAACAAGCUCUCAAGCACAAGCAGCAGCUUCCCCCGGCAGCUCCCCUACCCCAACCUCCUCUUCUCUCCGACCCGCCUUCUGUGAGGGAAAGACUACGCCCCCCUCCCGUGCCCCCAACGAAGCACGAGCCACCGCCUGCUGUGACUCUUGAUGAUCUCUUCAAGAAAACGAAAACUGGCCCAAGAAUCUACUACCUGCCCUUGUCGGAAGAGCAAGUGACGGCUAAACUAGCCUCGCAAGGCAAAAGCACUGUGGAUUAGUGGUUGUUGGGAGCAGUUGGUGCUUGGCUGGCUGCUUGAUGUUCUUGGGAUUUCCUUGUCGGGCUCUGCAGUCCAACUCUCUCUUUUUGCUGCAGAGUGCUAGGUUGCUGCUCUACUGUGUGUGAGGAUUUUUUUCACGAUGCUAUAAAGCUAAUCACAAUACCAUUAGUCAUCGUAAACGUGUAAGAUAUCUCUGGAUCUGAACUUUGCUGAACCAGUGUAAGGGUCUUAGGUUUUAAGUUAUCAUCCCGUGUUCUACUGUUUCAAGAUUAUCACAAAGACAUGUUGUACCCAGUUUUUGUAGUUGCCUUCUUUCGUUAUAAAGGUUGUUUUAGCUUAA